CCUGGGCCGUAGCUCCUUGUCGUCCCCAUGUUGAUGUCUGUCAACCCCAAGCCCAAGACCAGCCACCCGCGCUUGCGAGAAGUGGAUGAUGCCCAGCCUGUUCCCGCGUUUGCAACUUUUUGUCCUCCAACAACCUCUUCGCCACGAAUAUUAACGCGGAAACGUCCAUCUUUUUGACGAUUGGCCAUUGAAUACCAGAUUGGGUUGCGACACCGCUACUUGCGCAAACGCCCCAACUGUCGUCAGAAAGACCCCCGGAAACUCGAAGCCGCUAUCAACCUCGAGCGGAUACACCUAUACCUGGGCCACACAGCCCCUAGUGCAAUGCCCACAUCCAACUAAAUGUCGUGGCCCAAUGAUCAACACUCUCGGAGGCGCGGGGUAUGGAGCCAUUGGGUGCCGCUCGCAGUCACCGUGACUGUUGCGACAGUCGGUGUGGCUGCGUGGGUUUGGAGCCAGCGGAAGGACGAAGACGAGACACCCGAGAGCGAACAGUACCCGGAUCUCGACUACGGUAAUGGUGAAUACGGGGAUAAUUCCGCGUACGGUACUGCCAAAGGGCCGAAGCCUCCCCCGAGCAAUGUCGGGACCGAAACAUACGGCACAGCCGACGCAUCUCGGGACCCAGCGGCUGAUGGAUGGGGCGCGCGCAUGUCGGGCGCGUUGAGGCGCACACCCAGCCCACAGCAAUUCUUCGAGUCCGCCGGCAAGACCGUCACCGCAGGCGUCGCUGCGGCUGGUGCCGUUGCCGGCCGCGCCCUUGCGGCCAUCCGCGAGGAGGACAAGAAUGCGUACGCCGACCACGAGACUUGGUCCGAGGAGGCAGACGCCAGAAAGGAGCGACCAUCCGCGCCAAGGGACCCGAGCAAGCGGCGGAGGACCGUCGCUAUUGUUGUCUCUGCCGACAACCACGCGGAUGAUUUCGACGAAGAUGGCUUCCAUGAACACGCUUCCAUCUUGUCGCAUAUCCCGCGCUACAACGAUUUCAACGACAUCAAACUUUUCGUUCUGAUCUACGCGCCGGGUCUCAAGGAGACUGCUGGCGAAUCUACGAGUAACCUUCCGCCACCUUCGUUGAGCUCGUCCUUCUCUAACAUUGAGCACCAUCAAGCCCAGACGCCUGGUGAAGAGUCGUCAAAGAGCCCCUUGAUGCAAGCUUCAUCUGGAAACGCUGCCUUCAAUGCCGUCUACUCUCAGGCAUUGGCUCUGGUCGAGAAGGAAACCAUGGUUAUGCCCUUCACCACACCCAACGGCCACAACCAUAUCCUACGCCAUCUGCAGCCUGAGAUUAUCUAUCUCCAGGAGAGUCUGGCCGGCGAGAAUGGCAGUGUCGUCUCCAACCUGCAGACCUGGCUACGCCACGACAUCAUCCUUGUUGUCGGUGCAGAAGGUGGCGACGGGGGCCUCGCCGACAGCGAGUCGGAAGCCGAACGGCCCGCCAAGGAAGAGAAGUGGUGGCAGCGAACGGACCGUGUUGGACGGGGCCGGGGGGUCGUUGUUGUUGACGGCAUGCGGGUCCAUGACGACUGGGCCCGCCGUGUCCAGGGCAAGGAGUAAAUGCUUACGACCCCACGGUGUAUAAAUGACGACCUGAAUAUCCGAUCACGUUUUUUAUGUAAGCGCGGGGAGCUCUCGAUGGAUGUGGAAAUGUGUGUUAUGUUCGGACUGUAUAUACCACGAGAUAUCAUGUGACGUUUUCAUGAGGAAGGUAAUUGACUAUUGUAGCGCAAAACCGUCCCAUUCGCGCGUGAAUCACAUGCACGAGUUAACAUGAUUAUGGGAAGUAUAGUAUCAUUCUAUGAGUGACCCCGGAAAGAAUAAAUUCAAG